AUGAACGUCGCCGGAUCCCUCGUCCGUCGAGGACUCGAUGCUCACGCCGAGCAUGGCAACAAGAUCAACAUCCCAACAUGGGGAGCUGUCAUGCUCGCCUCGACUCUUGUUGUAUUCGCAGUAGCCAUGUUCUCGAUUGAAUACACUUUCGGUCGUCUGAUCCCCACGCUCGUUAUGAUCGAAUCCCCACAAGACUCCAUCUCUUUCGAGCCUCUCCCAACCGAAGAUAUCGACUCUACCAUCAACAAAGACCCAGAGCAGCCUCCAAAGCCACAGCUCAUCACCUCGAGCUUCCGCCGAACCCUCAGACAUCUCGGUGGAUUCAGCGCUCGAUUCCGCGGCUUGGGCAUCUUCAUUGUAAACACUCUUGCCGUACAAUGGAUUGCCGGAAUACUCGCCGUUCUGCCCAUCAUCAACCUCCUCCCAAGAGGAUUCGCAAACGUUGUAGCACUCGUCCUCUGUGCGCAACUCUCUCUUACCUGGACACACAUUGUUAUUUCUCAACCAAGCCCAAAGACAUGGUUCCGUCGUCUGGCACCAGCGAAGAUGUGGAAGAAGGUUGCGAUCCCAACUGCGAUCUUCGCUCUCGCUGAGCAGGUUGCUGUCUACAUCCCAAUUUACAUGAGCAUUCUUGCAGGUCUUGUCGACAAGGAUGCUAAGGAGAUCGUCGAUAUGAAACCAAGCCAGAAGACUGCCAUGACCUUCAAGGCAUUCGGUAUUCUCUGCUUCGGCCUCGUCCUCACCUUCUUGGUCGUCAUCCCAGCCAACGUCAUGUUGACCCGAGUCCAAGCUUCGCUUCUCGUCGAUACCGAGGAGACGAUCGUUCCAUUCGACCGUAGUUUUGGUGGAAAGGUCAUUCCGGAGAUUGUUGGCGGAAGUGGUAGGAUUGGCAUGCUUGAUGCAUGGAAGACUUUCGAUGGAGCUGCCCGCAUUAGACUCAUCAAGGCGUACCUCAAAGUCGUUGGCAUGCAGUUGGCGGUCUCUUUCUUGUUCACCAUGUGUCUUGUCAGCCAGGUUUUCAUUAUUGCAGGAAAUGACUGGUCGAAGUUGAUCCCUGAGGAUGGAAACAAGAACUAA